AAGCUUUAACCUGAGCAUAUCUCAGUGAGUCAGUGAAAGAAGCAUUUCAUUUUCAGUUAGUAUAUAGAGGGAAGACAAAAAUGCUAUGUAUAUUAUGUGUAGAGAGAGCGAGAAACAAAGAGGGUGGAUAAUAAGGAAGCGGUUUUGGGGAUUUGGCAACGUUGUUGAUUCCAGGUGAUAAAAAUGGCCAGGAAAAAGCGGUUUUUGACAACCCGAAAAAGUGGUAUUGGUUCCUACCAAGAAGACUGAAGCUAAAGAGAGGUUUUGUAACUGAAAAAAAGUUAGCUGUAGGAAGAGCACAAAAGCUGUUACAUAACACUUAUGUGUGUUUACAUUUAGAGAGAGAAAGAAGAGGAGGAGUUGGCAGAAAAUGGCUGAUUAAGUGUAUUUUGUUUGCUAGUAAAAUUUGGAUCUUAAUUUGGAGGUUUUUGUUUGGAUUUGUAAUGAUGAUAAUUGGGGUAUGCUAAAGUGCGUGAACAACAUUAAAAGGUUUCUUCUUCAAGCUUUGUUGUUAGCAGCCCUUUUCUUUUUUUGGUUCCUCUAUUAUUUUGUACUGUGAAUUUCUAGGAGAGUUUUAGUGGCCUUUAAUGGUUCAGGUAGAAGUUUUUAGAGGAGCCCCUGCGGUACAAAGUCAAAAUACAGGUAUGGAAAGUGAUGCUAUGUAUACAGAGCUGUGGAAAGCUUGUGCAGGCCCUUUAGUGGAUGUUCCUCGGACUGGAGAACGAGUUUACUACUUUCCACAGGGUCACAUAGAACAAUUAGAGGCAUCGACAAAUCAAGCUCUGAAACAACAGAUUCCCCAGUUUAAUCUUCCUUCAAAGAUACUCUGUCGCGUUGUUCACGUCCAGUUACUGGCAGAGACAGAGACUGAUGAAGUCUAUGCCCAGAUCACUUUGCACCCUGAGGCAGUGCAAGAUGAACCGUCUAGUCCUGAUCCAUGCCCACCUGAUCUGCCAAAACAUGCGGUUCAUUCGUUCUGUAAAAUUUUAACAGCAUCAGAUACAAGCACUCAUGGAGGAUUUUCUGUUCUUCGGAAACACGCCAAUGAAUGUCUCCCACUACUGGACAUGACUCAGUUGACUCCGACCCAAGAUUUGGUCGCCAAAGAUCUUCAUGGGUAUGAGUGGCGAUUUAAGCAUAUCUUUAGAGGCCAACCUCGAAGACACCUGCUUACUACUGGAUGGAGUACAUUUGUAACUUCCAAGAGAUUAGUUGCUGGCGAUGCUUUUGUUUUCCUGAGGGGUGAUAAUGGAGAUCUGCGUGUUGGGGUUCGACGUCUUGCUCGGCAGCAAAGCCAUAUGCCUCAAUCUGUAAUAUCCAGCCAAAAUAUGCAUCUUGGUGUUCUUGCGACUGCAUCUCAUGCUAUUACAACACAGACACUGUUUGUUGUAUAUUAUAAGCCAAGGACAAGCCAGUUUAUAAUUGGAUUAAACAAGUAUCUGGAGGCUGUGAGUCAUGGGUUCUCAGUAGGUAUGCGUUUCAGGAUGAGGUUUGAAGGCGAAGAUUCUCCUGAAAGAAGGUUCACAGGAACGAUAGUUGGAGUUGGUGACAUUUCCUCGCAAUGGUCAGAAUCUAAAUGGCGAUCAUUGAAGAUUCAAUGGGAUGAACCAGCAUCCAUAGUGAGGCCAGACAGGGUGUCGCCAUGGGAGAUAGAGCCUUCUGUCGCUCCUACUUCUAUAGAUGUUGCACAACCUGGAAUAAAGAUCAAGCGACCUCGUCCCCUUGAGCUUCCCCACACUGACAUUUCAGCUGCCUCUGCUGCUUCUCCGUUCUGGUACCCUGGAUCUGGUCCUACUCUUGAAGUGAGCCACGUAGGUAGUAUUGCUGAUAACCAACUAUACUGGUCUUCGGAGCAGAAUAGCAGCCUCUCCAAUGGCGUGAGCAACACUAGCUGUAGGACUCAUCUCAGUGAAGCUUGGCAGCAUAGUAUGCUUGCAAAUGGUUCCCUCAAUAUGCUCCGAGACUCUAUUGAAGACAACAAGCAGCUGACUACACGAUCAGCUCUGUUGGAUUACGGUUCUCCGAUGUCAUCAAGGGCAAGUAAAGGCCUUUUACUUGACCAAGUGAAUAGGGGUAAUAAGCAUGAGAUCUCUUCUACUUGUCGCUUAUUUGGCAUUGAUUUGCGGAACAACUCUAAUAAUACGCCUACCAGUGAGAAAGACGCACCUAACAUUACAUCCAACUACGCUGAUGGAUCCGAAGCUGAUAAGGACCAGAAUGUAGAGCAUUUUAAUCCUUCUGAAGAAAAGAAACAAGUCCAAUUGGAGGCACUACUGAAGGAUACACAUAAGCAGUGCCUCACUUCAUCAAGAACUCGUACUAAGGUGCAAAUGCAAGGGGUAUGUGUUGGACGCGCUGUUGACUUGACUGGAUUAAGUGGUUAUGAUGAUCUUAUCAUUGAGCUGGAGAAGAUAUUUGAUAUCAAGGGAGAGCUUUGCCCUCGAAACAAAUGGGAAGUUGUGUAUACGGAUGAUGAGGGUGACAUGAUGCUUGUGGGGGAUGAUCCAUGGCUGGAGUUCUGUAAGAUGGUCAGGAGGAUAUUUAUAUAUUCUAGUGAGGAAGUGAAGAAGAUGAGUCCUAGAUGUAAGCUUCCUAUUUUAUCAUUAGAAGGUGAAGGGACAAUGCCAAGUGUAGAUUCAGAGCUAAAAUCUGAAAGAUGACGAAACUUGCUGAACUUGUUGAUAUAAUUGCUACAGAUAUAUAUAUAUGGGUAAAAGGCUUGACGAAUAGACGUGCUUUUUCUUGUUUCUUUUCUCGUAUAAAAAACCAAGGGAAGGAUGUGAAGUUUGUGAUUUGGUUCAAAGUAGGAGAGUACUAAGGAACUGGAUUCAUGGAUUAAUAUUAGACUUUACUAAUCUUGUAGUUAAGAAACUUGGUGAAAGUUAGUUCUGGAAAUUGUGAAUACCUUUGUGGUUGUGACAGGUUGUGGUGGGUUUUGAUUUGAUCAGUAUGUUAUUUAAGUAAAAAAGGUAAAGAAAUGUAGUCUGAUGGCAAAUUAUGGUUGGAGUUAUUUUUUAUAGUACUGAGUAGAGAAGAGUGACCAUAAGUGUAGCACAACAAGUAUGAUUUUGUGGCCCCAUCAUCUUUU